AUGGCCUCUCUUAGGCAACUCACCAGGGUCACACUCGCGCGCACCGUGACCACUCCCACCAUCGACAUCCCUCGUGAUAUCUCGACCCAUGAAUUCAAGGGCAUUGUGACCUUGAAAGAAGCAGACAAGAAAGAGGUCAUCGAGAACGCCUUAGAUUAUUGUGUCGAGGCUGGUUUUGAUGACAUGGGCGCUGACCACGCCAUCAUUGCGUACGUGACAAGCUUAGAUUUACAGUUAUCGUUUGAUAACGUUGGCAUCACACACAUUCACAGCGCCGGCGGAAACCAUGUUAAUCCGAAUGACAAGGUUGACACGUUCAGGCGCGCUACGGUGCAGCUCUUUGACAAGCAGAGGCAGCCUAUGCGGUUCCAGGGCUCUGAUGGGCGCAUCUAUGAUCGCAUUCAUAUCCCAGCGGACCGCGCUCUGUGGCCUCGGUUCUGCAACGGCUACUACACUCGUAUUAAAUAG